AUGAAAGCUGAAAUGGUUCUCAGUUUUGCAAUAGGGCAAGUAUUAAAGAAGGUGGGUUCACUGGCAUCUGAAGAAAUGAAACUUGCAUGGGGUUUCAAGGGCGAGCUAAAAAAUCUUGAAGAAUUACUUAAAAUGAUUCAAGCUAUACUGCAUGAUGCCCAGAAACAGCAAAUGAGGGAAAAGGCUGUUCAAAUUUGGCUCAAGAAUCUUGAAGAGAGAGCUUAUAAAGCUGAGGAUGUUCUGACUGAGUUCUCUUAUGAAAUGCUCCGACGUCAGGUAGAAAUUCAAAAUCAAUUUAUGAAAAAGGUACGCUACUUCUGUUCCUUCUCUAGCCCCAUCGUGCUCCGUAUCAAGAUGGCUCAUAAAGUGAAGAAUGUCAAUAGCUCACUGGAAAAAUUUAUGAAAAAAGCGAUUAGCUUUGGGCUUAGACCGAUGUUACCUAUAGAUCCAAUUUCUCAAAUAAUAGAGAGUCACUCCUUUCAAGAUGAUCCAAAAGUUGGAAGGGAAAAUGAUGUAUUAACUAUAGUAAACAAGGUGACUAGCUCAUCCAGUAAUGAUGUCUCUGUAAUUCCAAUCGUGGGUAUGGGGGGCAUCGGGAAGACUACGCUUGCUCAACUAAUCUACAAUGAUGAGCGAGUGAAAGAACAUUUUGACGUAAGAAUUUGGGUAUGUGUAUCUGAAAAUUUUGAUGUCAAAAGGAUUCUAAAAAAGAUUUUGGAAUCUCUUACCAAGGAAAGUUGUGGGAUUGAAAAUUUGGAUACCAUCCUUGAAAACAUUAAGGAUAAGUUGGAAGGGAAAAUAUAUCUUCUCAUACUAGAUGAUGUUUGGAAUGAAGAUCCAAAUAAGUGGGAAAAUUUACGAAAUGGUCUGUUGGGAGUGAGGUCAAAAAAAGUGGGAAACAGCAUUGUUGUGACUACUCGAAGCCACAACGUGGCUUCAAUUAUGAAGACACUUCCUCCUCAUCACUUAGGGACACUAUCAGAAGAAUAUUGUUGGGCGAUAUUUGAGCAAAAGGCAUUUGUAGACUAUGGAGCACUGAAGACUCAAGAUUUUAUUGAUAUAGGAAGGGGUAUUGUGAAAAAAUGUGGGGGCGUGCCGCUAGCAGCAAAGGUGCUGGGAGGGAUCAUACGUUUUAAGAGGGAGGAGCAAGAGUGGUUGUCCAUUUUGGAAAGUGAAACAUGGAAUUUGCCAGAAAGUGAGGAUGGGAUCAUAGCAGCAUUGAAGUUGAGCUUUGACAAUUUGCCAUCGGCUUCUUUGAAACAAUGCUUCGCAUACACUGCAAUUUUCCCCAAGGAUUAUGUCAUUGAGAGAGUAAAGCUAAUCCAACUAUGGAUGGCUCAAGGAUUUCUUGAGUCAUCUCAAGAGUGCGGUUUGGUGAUGGAAGACCAAGGUAAUGAGUACUUCAAUGUCCUGUUGCAGAAUUCCUUGUUUCAAGAUGUUGAAAGGGAUGUCAUAUAUGGGGAUAUCAAAUCAUGCAAGAUGCAUGAUCUUGUGCAUGACCUUGCACAAUCUGUUUCCAAAUCUGAAAUCCUGGUUUUGGAGGGUGGACAUCAGGGGAAUGAAAUCCCUGCAGUCCGACAUUUAUCAUUGACAUAUUAUGGAGAAGGGAAGCACACAGUUGGGAAGAAUAAUGGAAAAAAAUUACGCACCUUAAUUUUAUCAAGGUCAAGGGCUGUUAAUGUUUCCGAUGAGGUGUUAGUUGACUCAAAACGCUUGAGAGUUUUAGAUUUAAGCGGGAGCCAAACUGAGGUGCUGCCAGAUUCUGUUGGGAAGUUGAAAUAUUUAAAGUACCUUGAUGUCUCCGAUAAUAAAAUUGUAAGGUUGCCGGAUUCAAUUACCAAGCUAUACCAUCUGCAGACGUUGAAUAUAGAGUUCUGUUAUAAGCUGCAGGGGCUACCAAAAGAAAUGAGAGCAUUAAUCAACUUAAGACAUUUGGGACUUGACCUGGACAAUGCAGAGAGAAUAAUGAAGGAUGGACCGAUUGAGAUGAGGCGGUUAAUUCAUUUGCAGACGUUACCGGUGUUUGUGGUGGGUCGGGGCAGGGGACGCCGAAUUGAAGAGCUGGAACCCUUGAACGAGCUCAGAGGACAAUUAUGGAUAUGCGAUCUACAGCAUGUGAGGGGUAAAGAAGAAGCUGAAAAAGCAAAUUUGAAGGGAAAGAAAAACAUUGAAACAUUGGUGCUUCAAUGGGGUAAUGAUGAUGGUGGUCGUGGUGAGGUUCGUUGUGGUGAUAAUGAUGAUGAGGUGUUGGAAGGGCUGCAACCACACUUAGAUCUGAAGCAGUUUAAAGUUGAAGGAUUUGGGGGUAUUGCUGUUUCGUGGAUAGCGAAGUUGUUGAAUCUUCAGGUGUUGGAGAUAGUGAGUUGCCCUAAAUUGAAAUCCAUUCUUCCCCCGAAUUUAGAGGGCUUCUCGCCCUCCCUUCGAGAGCUGAAAGUCCACAUGUGUGAAGAAUUGAUGUCUAUGCAAUUCUGUACAUCCCUCAAGAAAUUAGGCAUAUGGAAUUGCCCAAAUUUGGAAUCUGUGCCGGCUGAUUUACUAAAAUUGCACUCCCUCUCAGAUUUAAGAAUUUGUGAGUGCAAAAGAUUGAGUAGUUUGCCGGAAGGGCUAUUGUGCUGUCUCCCCGAGUUGAAGAGACUAGAGAUCGGAGGGUUUAAUGAGGAGCUGGAUAGUUUCCCCUCACUUCUCUGCAGCACCAACCACCACCACCACCACUGUCACCACCAAUUCCGGCUUGAAGAACUAACUCUGAGGGGUUGGCCUAGGCUCAAGUCUCUGCGCAAUCAUGAACAUGAACAAAUUCUUCUUCUUCCCCGCCUCUCUUCCCUACAAAUUCUUGUGAUUGAGCAGUUUGGUGGUUUGGAAGCUCUGCCGGAGUUGCUUCCCGCAAACCUUCGAGAUCUACGUCUUUUGCAUUGCAAAUACAAUAAUCAUCUGGUGAGAUCCGUGGGAGGCGUCGCCAGAUCAAGAAACUUGACUGUUCAGUACUGGCCUAGGGAUAUUUGACUAUUGCCAUCAAACCACUACGGCAUUAUUUUAAAAAAUUCAACCUCAAUGAAUUGUAACAUGAAAAUUUACUUAGAUUUCUAAAUAAAUUUACAAGUUUGCUAAUGAAAUAAAACCACUUGCUCAAAUCGAGUCUUGUUUGAUUUACCUUCUCCAUGAAACCAUUCCCUAUCACUAAUUUACAAGUUUGCAUUUGCCUUUUUUUCUCACUUCAUCUAAAACAACUCAAAUAAUGGUUGGUGUUUCACUUAUACAUGGGAUACAUAUUCUUCUUGAAAUGAGUAUAUUCUUGAAUAACAUGGAACAUAGUAACAAUUUUAUAAAUAUAGGUAAUAAUUAUUUCCCAUAGCGCUGUUUGGAAUGUAGAAAACUUACAAUCUGUUUGGAAUAAAAGAAAAGAAAAGGAAAAUAAGUGAAGAACUCAUUUCUCAUUGCAUUUUCCUUCUAUAUUAAACAUUGUUAAAAACGAUAGUUUGUUUUAAGAUAAUUAAAGAUUAUGAAAAACUAUAUAUGAAUGAUGUAUAAAAUCAAAAUUUUGCUUAUGGAUUUGAUAUGUUUUUUUUUUUUUAUUUUCUUUCUCACUUUCCUUAAUCCAAAUAUGAAAAUAUGGAUUCCUUAAUAUUUUCCUUCCAUUUUCUUAGUAAUUUUUGAGUUUUAAACGAAACCUUUAAGGAAAGGAAAGAAAAUUUUGAAAGAACUCAUUUUUUCUUAAUUUUUAAUCAUAUUGUGAACAAAUUUUCAUUUUAAUUAGUAGAGAAAUUAUAACAAAAAGCUAGUUUAGUUUCUUUCCUAUUUGGAACUAUCAAAGGAUCUAUAAUUUUAAAUUUAAUUAUCAAGAAAAGUGAAAAAUACGCCAUUUUUAUAAACCUAAAUUUUAUUUUACACAUAAUUAAUAUUUUUUUAAAAUUUUUAAUCAUAUUGAAACAAAGUUUUAUUUUUAUAACAUUUAAUAAGAAAAAUGAAAUAAAAAAUGAGUUUCCUCAUUUUUAUUUUUUUUUGUCUUUCCCUCCCCUAAAUAAAAUUCUUGAAUCAAAUGGACCGUAAAAAAAAAUUGUUUUUUGAAAGGACAAUAUUACAAUUUUCUAUUGAUUCCUGGUGCAUGAUAUAAGCGUGCCCCCUUCAAUUUGAAAAGACCAUUGGAUUUAAUUUACUAAAAAUCUUGAUUCAAACGUACUCCCAUUGAAGAAAAAAUUUUCAAUCCAAGUGAAAAAAGUUUGAUUAAUUAAAAAUAAUAUUUAAUUAAAAUAACUCCAUAU